CACCAUGGUCGACGUCGAUAGGAGAAUGAACCCAGCCCACGUAGCCGGUCUACGCCGACUCUCGGCCCGUGCUGCCGCUGCUUCCACUGCCACCACCAACACCUCCACUCCCGUCCGAGCUGGUCUCGAUUCUUUCUCUUCCCUUGCAGUCAAGGUCAUCUCCCGCCUUCGCAGUUCCGGCACUCUGGUUCAACCUGGUCUCUCCGACACCGAGUUCGCCCGAACCGAAGCCGAGUUCGGCUUCGUCUUCCCGCCUGAUCUUCGUGCCGUUCUCUCAGCCGGUCUACCAGUUGGUCCCGGAUUCCCCGACUGGCGUGCCGGUUCUGGAUCACGCCUCCGUCUCCACGCCUGUCUUGACCUUCCAAUCGCUGCAAUUUCUUUUCAGAUUGCACGCAACGCCCUAUGGCCCAAGUCUUGGGGCCCACGGCCAUCUGACCCUGAGAAGGCUCUGCGCGUAGCUCGAAAUGCACUGAAGAAGGCACCCAUCUUGAUCCCUCUCUUCAACCAUUGCUACAUCCCUUGCAACCCCUCUUUGGCUGGAAACCCUAUCUUCUUCGUCGACGAGAAUCGGAUAUUCUGUUGCGGAUCGGAUUUAUCCGAUUUCUUCGAACGGGAGUCUCUGUUUCGAUGGGACAACGAUCCCUGCGUCCUCAAAAAGCAGCGCUCGGUUAGUGAGAAGACAACAGUUUCGUUAUCAUUUUCAUCUAAUUACUCCCGCAGAAGCUUAGAUUCCGGUGGCGCCGCUGGGAGCAGAACACCCAGAUGGGUUGAAUUCUGGAGUGAUGCAGCCAUCGAUAGAAGGCGGAGGAAUUCGUCAUCUUUGUCGUCUUCUCUAUCUUCUGAUCAAUACUAUGAGAUUCCUCGGCCAACAUUUCGGGGAAAACUGUCGAAAUGGGUUGAAGGGUAUUUAGAGCGGAUCGGAACGAUCCUGAGAGAAGGUGGUUGGAAUGAAACAGACGUAGCGGAAAUCGUACAGGUAUCAGCAUCUGGUUUUUUCGAAAGGGACGUGAUUUUGUUAGAUAAUCAAGCAGUCUUGGAUGCUCUGCUACUCAAGGCAGACCGAUUCUCCGACUCUUUGAGAAAUGCAGGGUGGAGCUCUGAGGACAUCACUGACGCUCUGGGUUUUGAUUUUCGACCGGAAAAAGAGAGAAAAUCAUUGAAGAAAUUGUCUCCGGAACUGGUCAAGAAGAUCGGAAGACUUGCAGAGUCCGUCUCUGGGUCAUGA